AAACACCAGACGCUUUCAGUGUCACUGCCAAAUAAAUAAUUAACUGAAAUGUACCAUAUUCCACGAACGAUUCAGCCCCGAUUAAAUACAUAAAUUAUGUACGGUACCUCUAAAUCAUCGUCAUCAACGGCUCUGGCGAUUGUGAGAACGACGCGGUAUAUUUCUUUGUCCUGUGGCUGCAGCGCAUCUUUCGUAACAGGGUGUCGGGUUCUCGAAGUUGGCAGAGAGAGGAUCUUCUAACUAACCUAACCGUCAGACGGUGUUGGGUGACGAAAACAUUACUGAGAAAACUUGGGAGACUCAUUUUAUUAAACGUGAUUCGACACUUCUUCAUUGGAGUUAUUAUUGAUCUCCAUCCGCCCGUCCCGCGCGACAGGUAAUGUGACGGAUUCCUAGUUUGGCGCGAAGAGGAGACCGUCACCUGGCAGGGCGCGCUGGGGAGGAAGGACGCGGUAAAACAGUGGCGGAGAGGAUUGCCUCUUGCAGGAUACUAUAGAGACGAAGAGGAGUGUAUCGUCCAUUCGCCUGUGGAUUUAUGCUGUAUAGGCUACCCCAUAACCAACUUUGAAAAGGCUACUAGGCUGUUUGUUAUUCUAGUACCCUAAAGACGUUAAUAACGGCAGAAUGCAGCAGCCAACGGCACAACAAACUCCACUACAAACAACAACAGAUGUCCUGGACCCCGCAGCUCAGUAUAUGAAGCGUCGGAGGACAGCGUUAUGGGUGACCAUCUCCCUGUUGUCUCUGUCUGUGGUGGUUCUGGUGGUGGGACUGGUCUCUGCCACCCGUACCGGGAACGUGGCUGUCGCUGGAUACUACCCUGGCAUCACCCUGAGUUUCGGAGCGUUCUUAGGGAUCGUUGGAAUUAAUUUGCUAGAGAAUCGAAGACCCAUGCUCAUGGCAGCCAUCAUCUUCAUCAGUAUGGGAGUCAUCGCUUCCUUUUUCUGUGCCAUCGUGGACGGAAUCAUCGCGGCUGAGUUCAUAGACAGGAGGCCGCUGUUGGAGGACAGGUGUGAGUUCUACGCCAGUGGAUCAGGGUACGCCUACGACAACUAUUAUACUGAGGUAAAGUGCAGAUCAUUCAACAGUGAGUGUAAAGUGAGAAUGAAGAGCAACACCUGCUACUGCUGUGACCUGUACAGCUGUGAGAGUCCAGACUACCAUACCCAGUACUAUGAGUUCACGGGGGUGAGUAGCUGCUGGGAUGUGGUCCAUCUCCAUCGUCUGCUGUGGGUCUGUGUGGUGCUCAACAUAAUGGGCCUGUUCCUGGGAAUCAUCACAGCUGCUAUACUGGGGGCUUACAAGGACCUGGCUCCUGCCCCCCAGAUGUCCCCCAGUCCCACCCCACCCCCCCACAUCAUGUAUAACCCCACUCAGCACGUGGUGACCUACGCUGGCUUCUGCCCCAACGGACAGGCCCUGCCCGCCUACCCCAACUACCCCGCUUUGCCCAUGCAGCACCACAGCAGUUACCAGGCCCCCUCCACCCCCCAGCCCGGCCUGGAGAUGACCCUGACCCCCUCCUCUCCGUCAGAGGAGAGCCAGAGCCAGCCUUCCUCCCAGGCCCCCAGCCAGCCCACCUUCCAGACUGGCUCCCAGGACCCUGGUCAGGGUUACAUGCUAACACCCAACGCCCCUUCCCUCUACCCUGGCCCCGUCUACGGGCCCUCCGGCUUCGAGAAGCCCCCUCCUUAUGCAUGCUGAAUGCCAACCUGACCUUUAACCUUUGACCUAUAGGCCAGGGUAAGAGAGGCUAAUGUCCAGAAACAACCCCUAGCCUCUGUCACCUGGUCAGCACAGACAUGAAGGAAUCAGCUAGGUGUGACAGCUUCCAUAUAUCCUUUCAAUCAAUCAGAUAUGGCUUCCAUAUAACAAAUAUAUCCUUCCAAUCAUUGCUUCUUACGGCCAGCUAUGUGAUUCCUUUAGAUCUGCACACAACAACGAGUUAGGGAAUAAAAGGGACUAGGAUACAUGGGACUAGGGGAAAAGGGACUAGGAUAAAGGACUAGGGCUUCUUUCUGGACUAGGCCAGAUAAUGUAGCACAAUCAGGGUUGGGUAGGUUACUUUUAAAAUGUACCUGUCCAAAAUGGUAAUUAUUGGAUUACUCAAACACAGUAAAGUAAUCUGAUUACUUUUACUGUUGCAAUUAGAUUAGAGGCAUUUGAAGGAGAUAAACUGGCAUACUACCAAUUGAACAACAUUUAUUGCAGGAUAAAUCAAUGGGAAGAGGUCCAGAAACAGCCCCUAGCCUCUUACCUGGUUAGCAGUUAGCACAGACCUGAAGGAACCAGAUGGUGUGACGGCUUCCAUUUACCCUUCCAAUCAAUCAGAUAUGGCUUCCAUAUACCUUUACAAUCAAUCCGAUAUGGCUUCCAUAUACCCUUCCAAUCAAUCAGAUAUGGCUUCCAUAUACCCUUCCAAUCAAUCAGAUAUGGCUUCCAUAUACCUUUACAAUCAAUCAGAUAUGGCUUCCAUAUACCCUUCCAAUAAAUCAGAUAUGGCUUCCAUAUACCCUUCCAAUCAAUCAGAUAUGGCUUCCAUUUACCCUUCCAAUAAAUCAGAUAUGGCUUCCAUUUACCCUUCCAAUCAAUCAG